AUGGAUGACGGCUGUGAAGGAAUGGCGAACGUGUACAUCAAGAAGGAGCCCGGGAUGGACGCGGGCUUCCAGCCGCCCGUGCCCGCGGACGACCCCCAGUGCCACGUCUGCUUCGUAUCAAGCCGAGCCCGGGCUCCAACGACCCCUACUUCCCGUUCCUGGAGACCCACGAGCCGCCGGCCGGCUACCCCCGCCACUCCCGGCAGGACACGGCCGUGCGGAGUUGCUGCCUGUGCUACUCGCUGCUGCUGGAGCAGUGGAACUGCUACGAGCGCGACGCCACCCCCGCAGCCGCGCCGCCUCUACUGGCUCAAGCGCUGCGACAACGGGCCGUUCACGGGCGCCGAGAUGGGGCUGCAGGGGGAGUACGCUUCGCAGGUCCUGGGGCUCAACACGGACACCCCCCACCGGGAGUCCAGCCGACCUGUGUCGCAAGAGGACGGGGGCAGCAGGCCAGGAAUAUCGCCGCGCCUGCCCACUGCGAUGAGCGUGGAAGACUCGCGGGGCUCCGAGGCGGCCCUGGACCUCCGCCAUGGCUCCCGGGAGUCUCUGUCGGGCCCGGCCCCCGUCGCUCCUGGCUCGGUGGUGUACAGCGGGGCGGCGGCCGCGGACAUCCUGGACCUCAGCAUGCCGGACAAGAACUCGGCGACGGAGGUGUGCUACGUGUGCGGCGACGAGCACAAGCGGGGCUCCCUCAGCCACAUCGCGGCCAAGCUGCUGCCCUCAGGGGGAGGCGGCGGGGGGCCCGCCCCCUCGCCCCCGCCCUUCUUCCCCAGCCUGAUGCUGCACCCGCGGCCCGGCCGGUCCCGCCCCAUGGACAGCGCGGGGCGGGUGCAGGCGUGCCACGCCUGCCAGCAGCACCUGCUGCAGCAGUGGCACGCCUACUCGGCCCGGGGCGUGCCGCACGCCGAGCGCAACUACACCCUACGCAAGCGUCACGCCCCGGCCCUCGACACCACCACCUUCGUCUGCUACACCUGCGCCCUGGAGUACCCCUCGUCGUCCAUCCGCCUGCUGUACUGCUGCCCCAACCCGGAGAGGGAGGCGCACUACAGCUUCAUCGCGUCGCUGAGGCCCCCGCCGGGGGCCAGCCCCAUCUCCCCGCAGGGCAUGGUGCAGGUGUGCUACUACUGCUACAAGUCCAUCCCGCAGAAGCACCAGGUGUUCGGCGGCAACCACGUGGACGGGGGGGAGAAGCCCGAGGCGGGCCGGAGCCCGUCGCCCCGGCCGCAGCUGGCCAAGUCCCCGGCCGGCGACAUCCGCUUCAAGCCCUACGAGCUGAGCAGCAAGAGCAGCUCGGCAUCCUCGCGCAAGAAAGGGGAGGGGGGGCAGCAUCAUCACCAGCAUCACCAGCAGCAGCAGCCGCCGCCGGAGGUGAACGGCCAGGCGGGGCCCGGCGCGACCAUGCUCAACUACCGGUGCUACAUCUGCGCGGGGCUGUACUCGCCCGUGAGCAUGACCUGGCUCAGCACCAGCCCCGAGGGCAUGAACUCCCAUGCCAUGCACUUCCCGUGCCUGCGCGGCGUGGCGCGCACCUCGGAGAACGCCUGCAUGGACUCCCACGGCCGGGUGCUGGCGUGCGGGCGCUGCGUCGACCACCUGACCAAGCAGUGGGAGGCCAUGGAGGCCGACCGGAUCCCGCUGGAGCGCAGGAGGUACAAUGUUCCUGACCCGAACGUGGGCAGCUCGUGCUGGAACGGGGACGCCUCGCUGCAGCACCACCUGGCGGCGACGACGCCCUCCUCCGCGGGCUCCACCCCCGCCGCCAGCAGCUCCAUAUACUGCUACCUCUGCGGCCUGCACUCGGACCUCACGCUGGCUCGGGUCCUCUACAGCCGGCCGCAAGGGCGCAACGCUCCGUUCUUCCCCGCGCUGCUGCGCCACAACUCGCCGCCCAACGCGGAGCAGCUGCGGGAGGACGGCUCGGCGCUGGUGUGCACCUUCUGCUACCACUCGUUGCUGGCCCAGUGGCGCCGCUACGAGCAGCAGGCGCGCCCCGCGCCUGCCGACAAGCGCGAGUACAACACCCACGACUACUGCUGCUACGUGUGCGGCGUCACCACGUACCGCCGGCGGGUGCGCGCCCUGCCCAUCAAGGACUUCCCCUUCCUGCGGUUCCACCCCUACCCGGAGAGCAGCCUGCUGCUGGAGAACGGGGACUUUGCGGUGGUGUGCCUCGACUGCUACGAGACGUUGCGCACCCAGUCGCUGGAGUACGAGCGCUGGGGGCUGCCCGUGGAGAAGCGCGAGUACAACUGGAUCACGCAGCCGCCGCCCCCCGAGGACUCCCCGGAGGCCGCCGUCGCCCGGCUGCCGUCCGGCAAACGUUCCGAGAAACUGGUUCCGCCCACAAUCACAAGCCGUCCAACAAGAAAGAACGCCUCCCCCAAGACUGUGGAAAAGAAGUCUGCCUCCUCCAAAGGACAUGCCCACAACACGGACAAGACGGAGCAAGGCCUGCCCCCCGGCUCGAAGCCGCCCGCGGGCCACGUGCUUCCGUCGGUCGCGCAGCAGAGCAAGCACCACCGGUCGGCCCCGCUGCCCGCGGGCCACACUGUCCCGGGGCCCGGCCCCGGGGCGGUGCCCACCUCCCAGCCGCCCCCUUCCGGCAGCGGCUCCUUUGCGGCGCGCCUCCGCAACCUGGCCAAGCAGGCCGUGCCUCCGUCGGAGCGAGAGAGCGAGGCGGAGACGACGCCUGCGAGACAGGUGUCCCCCAAGGCCAGGGGACCUCCUCCGCUAGUCCGCGGGUCGUCCCCUCCCGCGGCGCCGGCCCAGGACUCCCGCAAGGAGCGCGCGCUCCCCCACGAGGGCGCUCGGGGCGUGGGCGGGGCCAGUCGUGCCGAGGACUCCCAGCUGUUCCCGGGGCGGGGCCCGCCCGCGGAGCCCCAGCUGCUGACUCGGAGCGGCUUCCAGCCGUACCGGCCGGAGCACCCGCCCGCGCCCCCGGGGCCCCCCCCGCCGCCCUUCGCCAUGGACCCCGCGGCCGCGGCGGCCGCCUACAGUCCCUACCACCCGGGACUCUACCCCCCGCACCUCCAGCACGCCUACAGGCUGGAAGAGCAGAUGUAUCUGGAGCGCUGUGGGAUGCUGCGGCAGCCCCUGUUCCCGCCCCUCCACCCCUCCUACCACCUGUACGGCCUGCGCUACUCCCCGGAGAUGCUCCCUUCUCACCUGGGACUCAUCUCGCCAGGUCUGCACGAGCGGCUGAAGUUGGAGGAGGAGCACCGGCAGCGUCUGCGUGAGGAGGAGCGGGAACGCGAGCAGGAGCGAGAGAGAGAGCGGGAGAGAGAAAAGGAGAGGAGAGACAAGUCCCGCCGCAGUCCCCGAGCCUCCCCUUCCCACCACCAGGAGUGUGCAGCUAGGAAGGCACCCAUAGCGGGAGUUCGGGACCGUGCAGCGGACUCGCGCAAGGAACCCUACCCUCCCCCGCCCUUGAUCGCUCCCAGCUCCAUCCCCAACCCCACCUCCGUGACGUUGCCACCGCCCCUGCACCACUCCCUCCCCAACCCCCCGCUCGAGCCGGACCUGCAGCACCCCGGCAAGGGCCAGCUGCCUCCCGCCACCCCCGCCCGCCUGCCCUUCGCCGCCGCGUCGCCGCUGCACACCCCGCCCUCCCACCCCAUGCACGGCUCCCACACGUCCCCCAUCCACCACGCUGUGCACCCCCACACCCCUCCCGUCCAGCCCCUCCUGCCCCACGGCCUGCACGGGGUGCCUUCGCCCCUGCACGCCCUCCCCCACUCCGUGCCGUCCCCCAGCCUGCCCCUGCUGCCCCCCCACCACCACCAGCACACGCCCCCCUUCGGCCACCCCCCACAACCCUCUAGUCAGCGCCCCAGUGCCACCCCCACCAGGUGCGCCGCCAAGGAACACCCCACCUUCGUGCGCCCCUUCGAGGACAGCUUCCCGCAGCAGCACGUCAGCCGCCGGUCCCCCGUCCCCACGACGUUCUCCCCCCGCGAAGGAGGACGCCAGUGUCGCGUGCGGCGCCGCGAAGUGUUCCCCCGCGGCGCAGACGUUCCCGGCCGGGCAGAGGGAGGUCUCCCCCUCCCAGCCAAGGGGACCGGUGCUCGGCGCGUGCGGGAAGGACGGUUGCGCGAGACCUGCCGCCAGUGAUAGCAGUCCCGCGAAGACCGCGAGUUCGCGCGCGGUGUUCGAGGUCCCCGCGAGCAAGCAGGCCUCGGAGCCGAACUCUCCCCAG